CCUCCCCAGAGACCCCGAGAGAAAGAGCGAGAGACGGAGAGACAGCCGCAGGCGGAGACCCCGGAGCCAGCCACAGCAGGCUCCCCAGCAUGUGGGAACUCCGCUCCAUAGCCUUCUCCCGGGCGGUGUUUGCAGAGUUCCUGGCCACACUCCUCUUCGUCUUCUUCGGCCUCGGCUCGGCCCUCAACUGGCCACAGGCCUUGCCUUCUGUGCUGCAGAUUGCCAUGGCUUUCGGCCUGGCGAUCGGCACCCUGGUGCAGGCUCUGGGCCACAUCAGCGGGGCCCACAUCAACCCUGCCGUGACUGUAGCCUGCCUGGUGGGCUGCCACGUCUCCUUUCUCCGAGCUGCCUUCUACGUGGCUGCCCAGCUGCUGGGGGCCGUGGCCGGGGCGGCUCUGCUCCAUGAGAUCACACCGCCAGACAUCCGAGGGGACCUGGCCGUCAAUGCGCUCAGCAACAACUCGACCGCUGGCCAGGCAGUUACUGUGGAGCUUUUCCUGACCCUGCAGCUGGUGCUCUGCAUCUUCGCCUCCACCGAUGAGCGCCGUGGGGACAACCUGGGCACCCCUGCCCUCUCCAUUGGUUUCUCUGUGGCCCUGGGCCACCUUCUCGGGAUCCACUACACUGGCUGCUCCAUGAAUCCUGCCCGCUCGCUGGCUCCAGCUGUUGUCAUCGGCAAGUUUGAUGACCACUGGGUCUUCUGGAUCGGACCCCUGGUCGGCGCCAUCCUGGCCUCCCUCCUCUACAACUACGUCCUCUUCCCGUCCUCCAAGAGCCUGUCGGAGCGCCUGGCGGUGCUGAAGGGGCUGGAGCCGGACACCGACUGGGAGGAGCGCGAGGUGCGGCGGCGGCAGUCGGUGGAGCUGCAUUCCCCGCAGAGCCUGCCGCGGGGCAGCAAGGCCUGAGCGCGCCAGACCCGGGCGGGGGCUCGGGGGAGCUCGGGUGACGGCCGCCAUCCUCGCCGGACCUCCUCUCCCCAGGUCCGAAGUUGACCCCUAGGGCAGAGUAGCUGCUUCCGGAACGUGCCGCGGCCAGAGCUGCGCGGGUAGCGGUGAGCCCGGCAGAUCCCCUGCCCUGAGGCUACAGGGCAGGGAGUAGUAGCCCACCCUCUGGGCCCUUGCAGGGAGCUGGGACUUGAGCUGGGGAGAGAGGGCAAAGGAAGCUCUAGAGAGCCUACGCAGGGUAUGGGGGCUAGGUCGGGGGAGGUGCAUACACCCCCCACCUUGGAGGGGACAGGGUCUGGGUGCAUCAGGGUUUGCUAGUUCGGCGCGGUGCCACCCCCACCCCGUGCCUUUUUGUCCCCAAGUGCAGGGAGGUUCUUGCUCCUGAGUGUGAGCAGGUGUGCCCUGUGGUGAUGCAAGGGUGCAAUGGUUGGCCACCUCUUGCUCCCCUCUUGCCCCUCCCUCUCCCACCUGCAAUAAAUCCACUUCCUCUGCAGUGGAUGAGUCUUGCUGCCAGUCCUCCCUGGGAGCUCUAAGUGUGCUCCUCAAGAGAAGGGAAGAGGAGGGUCUGGAGGCUACUUUGAGGGGGUUGGCGGGAAGGCAUUGAUUUCCAGCCCCUAUGCUCUCCUUCUGGAAAAUGCUCCCAAGCUGUAGCACUGGGUCCUCAGACUUGGCCAGGACCCAUUGCUAGAGGCAAUGAGUAUCAUCCAGAAAGCAGCUCCCCCAAAGUAGCCUCCAGGAAAAAGGAGAGUUGAGUGGCUAAGGACCUCCUUCCUUAGAGAGGCCCUCACCCAAGGAGGAAGCGGGGCAUACGUGGGCAGGCAGCACAAGUGUACAUGCGACCCCCAUCUCCAGGGGGGGCUCCAGACCCAGAGAUUAGCCUCCCACUGUGGCAGAGAAAACAAAAGCCCUUUGUGGGCCUCUGGCCUUUGUCUGCAAAGAGGGGGAGAUUUGCAACUAGACACUUCUUGAAAGGAGACACUCAGUUUCGCAAGUGAGCCCUCUGGCCCAGCACACACCUAUGGCCGGCUGGGCAAGGCACUCAAGCAGGAAACCACAGGCACCAGCCAACACCCCUCCAUCACCCAUCCUACAGCCGGCCCCCCUCCCCAGGCAGCAGCUCCUCCUCCCCUCCCUCCCGCACACCCCCAGCAGCUCCAGUGCUCCCACCAGAGGACAUUAUUAUGGAGAGAGUAGCCUAGCGCUCUCAGGACUCAGGAAGGGCAAUGACUUGUCCAGGUAGAGGCAGUUCUGUUUCUAGAGCUGGGCUUCUAAAUUUCCAGGCCAAUGCAAUGGUUCUCAAAUAAGAUUAACUGGGAUUAAGUGAGAUGAUGCAUGUAAAGAUGCUGUGUGAACUGUAACUCCUCAUAUCAUCAUUACGCAUUAUUGGAAUCAUUUCAUUAUUUCUACUUCCGGGGGAGGAGGGGAGAAUGCAGAAAGGACCUGACCCUUGGCCUCCUUUAUUUGGUGGCCAAAACAAAGGAGAGCUCUGGGGCCCCAAGCUGUGAGAAGGAGAUGGGUUUGGGGCUGGCCCCAUGCUGGUCUUAACACACCUUGAGCCCUUGUCCAUACUCUGUUGCCUCCAUGAUGUCAAGGCUUGUCUCUGUGUCUGUCCCACACUGCACCAAGCACCACUGUGCACCACAGUUUCCAGCCCCUUCGGGCCCUCCACUCCCUUCUGAGAUAGACUGCGUAGGAGGAACACACCUCUGAGCCCACUUCCUCAUCUGUGCCCUUUUCUGUCUUCCGUGACCAAACCUCCCUUUGGGUUAGAAAAGGCCUGCCCUGGGCCAUCGGCGCUCUGGAGAUAGUUCUGCAGAUGCUCGACUGCUGAUGACAGUCACCUGGCCUCACUCCCAGGGGAGGGGUCCAGUCAGAGACCAAAGGGACCUCUGGGGCUGUAUUCCUGGGAGCUGAAUGUCCCUGCUCUGGAAGUUCAAAGGCACUGAGCUGUGAGCCAAGCCUGGAUGUGUCUCUGGUACUUCAUGCCCUCGUCACAUCUUCCCAGAAGAUCCCUCUAGAGGUUGCCAGGAAUGUCUAUGUCUGUUCCACUUCCAAGACUGCAUCUCCCGCCAGACUAAAUGCGAGAUCCCCAUCACUUCCAGCCCCGAUUGCCUAGAUUGGGGUCCCUAAAGGUCAGAGGUCAAAGCAGGAUUCAAGUGAUGGGGGGUGGAGGGGAACGGACACCUAUUAAGCUUCUCUUGUGCCCCAGUUUCUGUGCUGGAUGCUCUACAUGCAUUAGCUCAUCUAAUCCUCCUAAAACUUCGGGCAGGUUGGGGAAGGACAACAGCCUGCAGCCAGACCAGAUUUUACUUUUUCCAAAGCAUUCCCUUAUCAUCGCCUGUGAUUAUCUCCCAACCCCGGGAAAGACACUGAGCAAAUACCAUCCUUCAAAUACCUUCCCAUUUGAAGCUGAGUCUGAGGCUCAGAGACAGGCUAAAGUCACACAGCUGUGCAUAGUGGAGCUGAGACUCGACCUCGGGCCUUCUUUUUCCAAAUCCCAUAAUCUUUCCACUCAGAAGCCAGGUCUGGGGUGAGGCCAGUCAUGGGCCCCUCCUGGGAGCCACUGGCAGAAAGCAGAGCACCCAACCUGGCCCACCCAGCCCAGCCCAGCCCAGCCCACUGUCUUGUGGUGGCCUUGGGGAGUGCUACAGCUGGGUAGGGAGAAAACGUCAAGGAGCACGGGCUGGCUUCUGCCCUUGAGGAGCACCUAGUCUGGAAGAGGGUGGAGGUCAAAUACCCCCAAAACCAGACAGAGGCAGGGCAGCAUGGAGGCGGGUGAGCAGACCUCCAGGUCCCCACUGCCACCAUGCCCGCGCUCCCACUUUGUGCCAGAUGACUCUGCACCUGCACACGUCGCAUCGAUAUUGUUGUGUGUCUUUAAGCUGGGAUUCUGCAUCUAGGCAGUGCCUCCCAGCUAGACUGUGAGCCCUCUGAGGGCAGGGCUCCUUCUGCUUCUUGCAUAGCUUCCUGCCUCUCUAGCCUCCCUCCUCUGCCUUUUCUAGCACAGUGCUCUGCAUGUAGUAAACGCUCAAUCAAUUCUCAUUUGCCAAUAAAUGCUAUUUGUUUCACAAUA